CUACACCACGUCCAUGAGAGAAACUCUUAUUCGAGGGUAUAUUUACCGAAAUAGUAAAUAUCCGGUUCAUCGCAGACCAGGUCCAUGAAAUAUUUUCUCCACGGUUUUUUACUUUUUAACCCCUACGCCUCUUUUCUCUCUCUACGCUCAAACCUUUCGAAACGCUACUUUUUAUUAUUUGCUUUGCAAACGAUUUAUAUUAAUUUUUCGUACACAAAUUUAUGCUUAAAUAAAUCUCCUCCCAAAAAACCUUCUCGAAAUCGAACCUACUUGUUCGACAUUGUUUCGAUCUAAUCACAUUCUCAUGUUCCUUCGCUUGUGAACAAAGUUUCUUGCAGAUCAACAAUUUGGUACAAAAUAAGGAGGUGAUAUGCUAAAAUGGCCUCGGAAAAGGAUAUCUUUGACGUAUCAGGACCGACACAUCUUACGUCUGUUGAUUGGAAUUGUCAACACCACCGUCGAUCUGUCGCUGCGAGCCUAGUUCAAGGUGUGUACGUUCUAGAACGUGACAGGCAACUAAAUCGGCAGGGUCCAGAAGUCCUUGCGCCUCCUUGGUGGGAAUUCUUCCACUUCGAGCUAAUCCGUAAGCUUGUCGAUGAUGCGGACUUCUCUAUCUUUGGUGCUAUUUUUGAAUUAAAGCCAUUGGCUUCGAACGCCCCAAGAUUCGUCAUUGCCUUUAGAGGCACGGUCACAACGAAAGAAUCCGUUUCCCGCGACCUGACCCUCGACCUCCAUCUUAUUCAAAACGGCCUCCAUCGCACUUCGCGGUCUGCUAUCGCCAUGCAAGCUGUUCAAAACAUAGCCUCGGCUUUUCGUGAUUCAGUCAUCUGGCUAGCUGGCCAUUCUUUGGGUUCGGCCAUGGCGAUGCUAGCAGGAAAGAACAUGGUGAAAAAUGGUAUCUUCUUGGAAACCUUUCUCUUCAAUCCGCCAUACGUCUCUGCCCCGAUCGAAAGGAUCAAAGACAAGAACGUGAAGCGCGGGAUCCGUUUUGCUACCAGCAUAAUCACCGCAGGAUUAGCCAUUGCAUUAAAACCUCAGCAAGAGAGGCCUCACUCUGAUGAUCCCUUUGCCAUUUUAGCAAAUUGGAUUCCCCAUCUCUAUGUGAAUCCGGCCGAUCAUAUCUGUUCGGAGUACAUUGGGUAUUUCGAGCAUCGAGAGAAUAUGGAGGAGAUGGGAGUUGGGAGUAUUGAGAAGCUGGCAACCCAGAAUUCGAUCAGCGAUAUAUUCUUAAGGGCAAUGGGGAGGGAGUCAGAGCCGUUGCACCUUCUCCCAUCGGCGAAUUUGACUGUUAACUUGAGCCCUUCUCCGGACUUCAAAUGGGCUCAUGGGAUACACCAGUGGUGGAAACCUGACUUGAACUUGCAAUGUAAGCCAUACAUU